UUUUUGAAUUUUCAAGUUAGUAUGUUGAAUUUUCAAGUUAGUAUGUUGAAUUUUCAAGUUAGUAUGUUGAAUUUUCAAGUUAGUAACUUGAAUUUUCAAGCUAGUAUGUUGAAUUUUCAAGUUAUUAGUAUGUUGAAUUUUCAAGUUAGUAUGUUGAAUUUUCAAGUUAGUAUGUUGAAUUUUCAAGUUAGUAACUUGAAUUUUCAAGUUAGUAUGUUGAAUUUUCAAGCUAGUAUGUUAAAUUUUCAUGUUAGUACUAUGUUGAAUUUUCAAGUUAGUAUGUUGAAUUUUCAAGUUAGUAUGUUGAAUUUUCAAGUUAGUAUGUUGAAUUUUCAAGUUAGUAUGUUGAAUUUUCAAGUUAGUAUGUUGAAU